GCUUCCGCCGCGUGAACACUUGGUCCUUCUAUUUCCUCCCGCUUCUCUACUGCUCUGGGAGCAGCCUGCCCUGAACAGCACCGAGGGCAGAAGAAAGGCUCUGUUACCGUAAUGUUACGUAUAGCAGGUCUCUCUCCAGCACCUUCUGCUGAGGCAGCUGCAUGAAGAGCAUGGAGGCUGAGGAUCAGACCGAGAAGAUUAGCAUCAGCGCUGAGAGCCCCAGAGGAGGUGACGUGGGGGAGCUGGGCAUCGGGCUGCUCAGCUCUGCGAAGAGCCGCCCAGGCACCUGGAGGCAGAAGUGUGCAGCCUACGUUCUGGCCCUGCGGCCCUGGAGCUUCAGUGCCUCUUUGACCCCAGUAGCCCUGGGCAGUGCCCUAGCCUAUCGGUCCCAUGGAUCCCUAGACCCAGGGCUGCUAGUGGGCAGUGCAGUGGCUGUCCUGGCUGUGCAUGGAGCAGGUAACUUGGUUAAUACCUACUAUGACUUCUCCAAGGGCAUUGACCACAAGAAGAGUGAUGACCGGACAUUGGUGGACCAGAUCUUGGAGCCUCAGGAUGUGGUCUGGUUUGGGGUCUUCCUCUAUACCCUGGGCUGUAUCUGUGCUGCCUGCCUCUACUGUCUCUCCACUCUCAAGUUGGAGCACCUAGCCCUGAUCUACUUUGGGGGACUUUCCAGCUCCUUCCUUUAUACUGGAGGAAUUGGAUUUAAAUAUGUUGCACUUGGCGACUUGGUGAUCCUCAUCACAUUUGGGCCCCUGGCUGUCAUGUUUGCCCAUGCAGUGCAGGUUGGUUAUCUGUCUGUCUCACCGCUGCUCUAUGCUGUCCCACUAGCCCUCAGCACUGAGGCCAUCCUGCACAGCAACAACACACGGGACAUGGAGUCUGACCGGCAGGCAGGCAUUGUCACCCUGGCUAUCCUCAUUGGCCCCACGUUUUCCUACAUGCUCUACAACACGCUGCUCUUCCUGCCAUACCUGAUUUUCUGCAUUUUGGCCACGCGUUACACCAUCAGCAUGGCGCUGCCACUACUUACCAUUCCUAUGGCCUUUUCGCUGGAGAGGCAGUUCCGGAGCCAGAGCUUCAGCAAAAUUCCCCAGCGGACAGCCAAGCUCAACCUCCUGCUGGGGCUCUUCUAUGUUUUUGGUAUUAUACUGGCACCAGCAGGCACGCUGCCCAAACUGUAACGGCGAGAGCUGCUGUAGCCCCAUGACUUGAGUGUUAAUGCCAGAGCUCGGGGUGGAAGUGGGAGGUUUGUUGUUGAUGGGGCCAGAGCAAGAAGGCUGGCUCGAACCGGUGACUCCAUGUGAAUUUUAUGGGCUUUGGUCUUGUUGAGAUAAGCAGUUUCUCUUGUACAAGAGACUUCCGAUGGUGUCUUAGGAACUUUUCUUCUCUGGGAAGAGGGUUGAAUUGACUGUGCAAUAAGCACCAAGAGAAAGCCAGAGACAAUUCACCAUGUGAGCAGACAGACAUUUCAAGGACUUGAUGCUACUGCCAUUGAUUUCAAAGGGACUUUCACUAUUAACUUCAGUAAGAGCAGAGUUGAGCCUUAAAUGUGAACUGUCCCUUCCCCGAUCUGUGAAUCAUCCCCGUACAACAUGAAGGGGAUUCAGCAGCUCCACCCCUAUGCUGUAACACAGGAAGUCACCACUGAAUGUUUUAUUUUUGUCAGCAUCACGGUAAAGCAGAUGGUGCUACUUCACUCCUCUUGAUAAACUUCAUCCUCACCACCUGGUCUGUUUUGGCUCUCACUCAUAUUUUCCCAUGGUCACUGAACCCUGUUCUUCAUUGGGAAAUAUUUUUGUUCCCUGUGUGAAAUGGCGAGUGUUUGAUGUAAGGGCUCUUUGCAGGACUCCGUUGAAAUGUCCCGAUUGACUUGAUCUAGAUCUUGUUCUAGAACUCCAACUGCCAGGAGCACAGUGUUCCUGAGCCCCACGGGAAGGUAUUAACCAGGACCCAAGGAGCCUUUUAGUUGCGAUCAGUAAAGUCCAGCAGGGUGUGCAGUGUGGCAUAUCCACCUUGGGCAUGUUAUGGCAAUGAGAGGUUACUCGCCCGAAAGGGGUGAUUGCUGUUCAGUGCUGCAUGUACUGGAGGAGUUAUGACAACUAUAAAAUGGAACUGGCACUGAGGUGUUAUAUAGGUGGCAUCAAAGUGUUCAAAUGGUUUCUGGUGACUUAGCUGCCGGUUGUGAUUGCUUCACAGCUGGACACCGUUACUCGGGAGCAAUCUUAGCAGGCAGGUGACAGCUUUCACCAGCCUCAGAUUCAGUUAUUAAAAUAGGGCGAUGCCUGGAUCAGACUUUCACUCCAGGCUGCCCAGGGAAAACAGCCAGGCAAGACUGGUUUAAGCAGCCAGUCUGCUGCUUUGUACAGUAGAGAACCUGGCUUUGGUUAGAAAUCCAGUCAGAAGGGGUUGAUCGCAGCUGGAGGGAGAGAGGCAUCUAGCAAUACUUGGCAGUGAUUUUCUGGGAAAAUGUACACUUCCUAUUUUCGGUGCUGGCUUAAAGCUCCAGUGGGCUGGUGAUGAGCAUUUGUCAAAAAACCAACUCUGCCUUCUGCCAAGCACAUUCUGUCUCACAGACUGAGGAGUGGAAGUGAUGGCGAAAUCAACUCUGGUGGUAGAGAGAGCUAUUUCCUAAUAGAGCCCAUUCUGCAAGAUGGAGUGGGUUGAUCCGGUUAAUCCCAGGGUUGUAUUGUUUGUAGGUCUCUCAGCAGAUACAUCCUGUGCCCGGUUCUUGCUUGUUAUAUGAUGAUAUGUCUAGCUCUUGCAUAGCUAUAGUUUAAUGGGGAUUGAUGUGGCAAUUUUUUAUGCAUGUUCCCUAAGCCACGUUGCUUCUGACAGGCAGAAUGUGAAUAAGAAAUUUGAGAGCUGUAGCUCUUAUGGUGAAUAGUCUAGGAAAUGGCCCGCAGUGGAACAGCAACACGUAACACUAUGGUUGAUCUCUUCCUUACAAAAAGGGAAAAGACUCCUGGUUAGAAAGUCUGUCUGCUAGUGGGAAAGACCAGUGCUAUUGCUGGAGAGCUGGAGUGAGAGGUGACCCAUUUCAUGCCUUUGUGGCGCCAUUUUCUUUUGCAUUCAAAGUGAUUUACAGAUGCAGGGAUUAGAAGGAAAUGUGUGCAGACUGCUUCCAUUCAUAAGCAGCAGCAUACAUAGCAGACUUUGGAAGUCUUAGCGGUGUGGGGUGAACUGUGAAUGGGAAGGGAGCUGGAAAUGCCUGGAUUCGAAUCCUAACCAUCUCAUUUGUUUCCCCCCAGUGGCCUUGGGCAAGCCACUUAAUUUCUCUGUGCCUUGGUUUUUCCAUCUGUAAAAUGGAGCUUACCGUUGCCUACCUCACUGGGUGUUGUGGGGUUAAUGUCAUUUGAUAAAGAACUUUGAAAGUAAGAAGUGCUAUAUCUAUGCUGGGUAUUUUCUCAGGCAUUCUGCUUCUCAAGCCUUACUUAUAUGGGAAGAUCUUUUUGGUAUAACAUAAGGUGGUGAAUUUAAACCAGUAAAGUUGUACCAGUAUUACACCAUGCAUAUGCUCUUAUUCUGGUAUGAGAAGCCCCUUUUUGGUUUAAUUUAUGUUGCUUGGGACAGGAUUUAAGCUAAACAAAAGCCAGGCUUGUAUGUCCACAUGGGGAUUUAUAUUAGCAUCACUGGUAAAACUUUCCAUAUAGACAAACCCUAAGGCAACUGGUCUUGUGUUACAGCAUCUGAACUGAGGAUAUUGGAUGUCCAGCACCUCUUCUGAUCAUAGGCCUUUUCGGCCUCUUGUAAUAAGCUGUAUUGCUGCAUACUGAGUCUCUGCUGGUAGCCGAGCAGAUCUGUAGCACAUCUGUCCAUCAUAUGUAUUAAAUGGCCUCCUGACCUCUCCUCUCGCCCAGGCAGAGGUUCAGUGAGGUGUGUAAAUGUUUCAUUUUUAACAGGCCAUGGUUAAUUUAUUUUAAACGGCUCUGUGUUACAUUUCUGGGUUUGGAUCUUCUGGGAGAACGUUUCCUAUGGACACUCCUCUGUAAAGCUUUGAAGUAGAAGCACUGGAAAGCACACACCCUAGGUACGCAUGAGGUAGGUGCCUUUGACCAUAAGAGCCCCCUUGUGAACCAGGCAGCCCUGUCCUUGUAUGUCAAGGGAUAAUCAGUUCAACUGAAAGGCAGACAUAUGUUUGAGGGCAGAUGUUAAUAGGUUUUGGUGAUCUGAUCUGUCAACAGAGUCCACUUUGGAAUACAGCUUUCUAUGCAGGGCACUGUUGAGCCUGAGCAUUUGUAAUACUGAGACACUUCAAUUGAACUUUGUCUUUUUAAUAAAGAUAAACUUGCUUAUCAA